CGUCAAAUCUUCCUCUCCUCGUCGCAAUCCAAUCCACCGCCCGGCGAAGAAAGGCGACGAGAUGGCGGCGAGCAACUUCAUGGGGUCGUCGUCGCGGCUCCGCAUCGGGCUCCUCCCGUCCGUGACCCCGCGCCUCGGCCGCCGCGCGCUCGCCGCGCGCGCCUCCGCGGACAGCGGCGGCGGCCCGGUCCGCGUCCGCUUCGCGCCGUCGCCCACCGGCAACCUCCACGUCGGGGGCGCCCGCACCGCGCUCUUCAACUACCUCUUCGCGCGCUCCAGGGGCGGCAAGUUCGUCCUCCGCGUCGAGGACACCGACCUCGAGCGCUCCACCAAGAAGUCCGAGGAGGCCGUCCUCAGCGACCUGUCCUGGCUCGGCCUCGACUGGGACGAAGGCCCGGACAUUGGUGGCGAUUUCGGCCCUUACCGCCAGUCGGAGCGCAAUGCUCUGUACAAAGAGCAUGCCCAGAAGCUAAUGGAGUCUGGUGCUGUUUAUCGAUGCUUUUGCUCCAAUGAGGAACUCGAGAAAAUGAAGGAAACUGCUAAUCGGAUGAAGAUUCCUCCUGUAUACAUGGGGAAGUGGGCUACUGCUUCAGAUGCAGAAGUGCAACAAGAGUUAGAGAAAGGCACACCUUAUACUUACCGCUUCCGAGUGCCAAAGGAUGGUUCACUGAAAAUCAGCGACCUUAUUCGUGGUGAGGUCAGUUGGAAUCUAAACACACUUGGUGAUUUCGUGAUCAUGAGAAGCAACGGCCAGCCAGUGUAUAACUUUUGUGUCACUGUUGAUGAUGCUACCAUGCGCAUUUCUCAUGUUAUCAGAGCUGAGGAGCACCUACCAAACACAUUACGGCAAGCUCUCAUUUAUAAAGCUCUUGGAUUUGCAAUGCCUUUAUUUGCUCAUGUCUCACUCAUUCUGGCUCCUGAUAAAAGUAAACUGUCUAAACGUCAUGGGGCUACUUCUGUGGGGCAGUAUAAAGAGAUGGGCUAUCUGCCUCAGGCAAUGGUCAAUUAUUUAGCACUCUUGGGCUGGGGUGAUGGUACUGAAAAUGAGUUCUUCACCAUUGAUGAUUUAGUUGAGAAGUUCACUAUCAAUCGCGUCAAUAAAAGUGGAGCAGUCUUUGACGCAACAAAAUUGAAAUGGAUGAAUGGACAGCAUCUACGGUCACUUCCUUCUGAUUUACUCAUCAAGGACUUCGAAGAUCGAUGGAGGAGCACAGGCAUUCUUCUGGAGUCUGAAAGUGAUUUUGCUAAAGAAGCUGCUGAGCUUUUGAAGGAGGGCAUUGAUUUGAUAACAGUUGCGGAUGCUGCCCUUUGCAAAUUAUUGUCGUAUCCCCUUCAUGACACUUUAAGCAGUGAUGAAGCUAAAUCUGUGGUGGAAGACAAACUUUCUGAGGUUGCGUCUGGUCUCAUUUCUGCUUAUGAUAGUGGUGAGCUUGGUCAAGCACUAGCUGAAGGGCAUGAUGGUUGGAAGAAGUGGGUGAAAUCUUUUGGCAAGACUCACAAAAGGAAGGGAAAGUCGCUAUUUAUGCCACUCCGGGUGCUGUUGACCGGGAAGCUUCACGGACCUGCCAUGGACAGUACCGUAAUCCUCGUGCACAAAGCAGGCACCUCUGGUGCGGUGGCCCCUCAGUCUGGUUUCGUGAGUCUCGACGAAAGGUUCAAGAUCCUGAAAGAGGUGGACUGGGAGUCACUGCAGAAGCAGCAAGAGUCCCCGGUUGAAUCUGCGGUUCCCGCAGCUUCGUAAAUUUUGUAGGGAAUCCAAAACAAAUAUAAUGUGAGUGAGCGAUGGUUUUUUACUCUUUUCUUUAUUUUCGCGUGUAAUGAAUUUUGAGGAUAUGUGCUCCAUCUUGCUGUACUUUUUGUAGGUUGUGUUGCCUAUUUCUUCCGUUGCUGGGAACACAUAGGACACGUCUAGUAAGAUGUACGAAUAGUUUGGCGCUUAAUAAAGUGUUUUUUCUGUAUCAUAGUACA